AUGGUAAGCACCCAGCUGAUUGUAACCAUCGACUUCUAUAAUAAUCUCUCUGAUGACCCGUGCGACAGCUACACUGUGCUGAAUGAUUCAAGAAGAUCCACCAACUAUUAUUCUUCCUCAUCCAUGUGUGACAGAUUUCUCAGCUGGGUCGGCUGGUAUCGUCUUUACCUUAAUGGCCAGAGCGCUCGAAUGCCAGAAUCAUGUGUUACAAAAUAUAGGUGUGGUUCUGAUGUCCCACUGUGGCUAUGUACUGGACACCCAAAACUUGAGGAUGGAGUGGUCACUAGAAAUGUUUGUGGUCACUGGGAAAAUUACUGCAAUUAUUUCCGGUCAUUUCCCAUUCGAGUAAAAGCCUGCAUAGGUGGUUAUUACGUCUAUGAGUUUGUUAAGACAACUUCCCUCUGUGCUGCCUACUGUGCCGAUGUUAGCAGUGUUAACUCCACCAACACAUCUGUCUUUUCAGCAACCAGCCCAACUGAUAAUCUCUAUGCUGACCCCUGCAACAACUACACUUUACUGGAAGAUCCAAGAAGAUCCACCAACUAUUCCUCCUCCUCCGUGUGUGACACCUCUGUCAGUUGGGUCGGCUGGUAUCGGCUUUACCUUAACGGCCAAAAUGUUCGAAUGCCAGAAUCAUGUGUUCUUAACUAUAGGUGUGGUACUGAUAUCCCACUGUGGCUAAGUGGUGGACACCCAAAACCUGAGGAUGGAGUGGUCACCAGAGAUGUUUGUGGUCAUUGGGGCUAUUACUGCUGCUAUUUUCAGUCAUAUCCUAUUAGAGUCAAAGCCUGCACAGGAGGUUAUUUUGUCUAUGAGUUUGUUAAACCAACUAGAUGCAAUAGUGCAUACUGUGCAGAUGUUAGCAGCAUAAAUUCCACGAACACAACAAUCAUCACAACUGGUAAAUACUUUGCUGAUCCUUGCAAAGAUUACACUGUGCUGGAUGAUCCAAGAAGAUCCACCAACUAUUAUUCUUUCCCCUCCAUGUGUGACACCUCUGUCAACUGGGUGGGCUGGUAUCGCCUCAUCAUUAAUCAGAAAAAUGUUAGAAUGCCAGAAUCAUGUGUUGCAGUGAAUAAAUGUGGUACCGAUGCCCCACUGUGGCUAAGUGGUGGACACCCAAAACCUGAAGAUGGAGUGGUCACCAGAUAUGUUUGUGGGCACUAUAACAAUAGCUGCUGCUUGUACCAGCCAUUUCCCAUUAGAGUCAAAGCCUGUCCAAGCGGUUAUUAUGUCUAUGAGUUUGUUAGGCCAACUUUCAGCUGUGCUGCAUACUGUGCAGAAAUUCUCCCUGCUGACCCCUGCUACAACUACACUGUGCUGGACAAUGAUUGGAGAGCCACCAACUUUUCUUCUUUCACCUCAAAGUGUGACACCUCUGUCAACUGGGUUGGUUGGUAUCGCCUAUCCUUUAAUGGUCAGAACGUUCGAAUGCCAGAAACAUGGAUUCAGCAAAACAGAUGUGGUACCAACAUCCCACUGUGGAUAAAUAGUGGGCACCCAAAACUUGAGGAUGGAGUGGUCACCAGAGAUGUUUGUGGUUACUUUAGCAAUUUUUACUGCUAUUUUCAGUCAUACCCCAUUAGAGUCAAAGCCUGCACAGGCGGUUAUUAUGUCUAUGAGUUUGUUAGACCAACUAAAUGCAAUAGUGCAUAUUGUGCAGAUGUUGACAGCAUAAACAAAAUCUAUAUAACUGUCCCUCCAAUGAACACCACAACUGGGAACCUCAUGUGUACAGAAUCUCCUUAA